UUCAAAUUAUAAGUUUUCAUCUACUGGUGCUUUGCUUGGUUGCAUUGCUAAGUUCUUACGAUUGAAUCAUUUAGAUCUGAACCUUUCUGUUAGAGAGGAGAUUUCACUACAAGAACUCUUCUUAAUCAAAGAAAAAGAAGAAUCCGGGUUGAGAAAAAAUUUAUUAGUGGUUCGGAAAUCCACACGAAAACUUCAAAAGUAUCCUGAGACAUCAUUAAAAGUGGUUUAUGAUACAUUAAGUUAUGACGGAUUUAUUUAUAUGUUUGAUGAGAUAAAAGAACUGAAUCAAUUAAAUAACCUUGAGGAUCUUGAAUUAGCGUUGGAAUGUUUACAGCAAAUGGCGAGAAAUGUCGAAAUAAUGAGCUCUUCGAGUAACAUAAGUGAUGGGGUCAAGAUGGUUGUUCAUCAAGUAGAAAAUAAACUUCUAUCAAAUCUUGAUCGCGCAGAAUUUAUUAUUAAGCUCGUUGAGGACUCCAAAGAUAGGCCACCUAGCUUUAUUGCGAUUUUAGUCGCGUCUAUUCAUCGCUUUUUAUCGAUGAUCGAACACUUUUCGAAGAAGAGACAUAUCUAUGUCAUCAGAGCGAGUCACAAGGAAAAACUCGAAGAUAAUCGUGCGAAGGCAUAUUCUGUUGGUUUUUCUAAGAAAUCUCGUGCUGAGUAUAACGAAGGAAAGACUAAAGCAGAACAUUUCCGGGAUACCGAGCAUGUGAAGAAAUAUUUAAAACUUGAAUUAUCAGAAGAAGAUAGAUUAUUUCGUCGGAAUUUAUUCUGUCAAUUUGAGAAGAAAUUUGCUAAUGAAAAAGUUAUUGAUACGUAUAUGUCAUACAUUAAUGAUUAUGAAGUUCACGAAAAGUACAAAUGUGAUUUUUAUUCUGUGAACGUGAUGUUUGAGCGUAUCUGUGUGAAUCAAAACUCGAUGGACCUUUUUAUAAAGGUCAAAUAUUUGAACGUAAUGUCAAGGAUUUUGAGAGCCUGGGACCGGAUUGCAAAUAAUUUAAAGGCUGGAAAUCAUGAAGAUCCAAAUCUAUCCUCGUCCCAAGAAGAUUUCUUAGAUCUUGUCAAGGAUGUUUGUAACAAAAUAUAUAAAGAAAUGAAAGUGGAGAGUUUGUUUGCGCCAAAUUAUGAAAUGUUUUCAUUAUUCGAAGAAAUUGACAAGGUCAUCCUGAGUUAUACUUCGUUUUUAGAAAAGCAAAAGUCGCAUCAGGAAAAAGAUGAACGUUUUAAGCACAGAGUUUCAAAACCUCAAUUCACGGACGAGGAAAGAGAAUUUUAUAUGAAGCUUUCUGUCAAACAACUUAUUAGAGAAGGCCAAUUAAUGCAUAUCAAGUGGCUUCAGGAGACCAUGAUUAAAUUGGGAUGCCAGCGGAUUACCGAAGAGCAAAUUGCCGCGAAAAAGUAUGCAGAAUUAUCUUAUUCAAAAGUCGCAGAAGAGCCACGAUUACUCUAUGCCGAUCACAGAAUCCUUCCAAAAACAGCAAAAGUUCAGAAACUUCUGAAUUACUAUGGCUUCUUUAAUUUCUCUGAUAAUUUCAUCUGCCGUCUUAUGUGGACUCUUCAAUUUGAACGAAAAUUUGGCAUAGAAGGUCCGUACUGGAUUAUUCCAAGCACCCUUCCGGGAAAAUACCUAAUCUCCCAGGCUGAAUUAGUUGAAAAAUACGUUGAAGAGUGUCAAGAUGAACUUAAGGUGAAAAGGUCAAGGAAUGAAGGUGCAAAGGACUUAAACGAUUCAGAUGACACGAUUGAAUCAGAUGCGGAGGAAGGGAGUAAUUUAGAUGAUGAGGAUAUGGAUUCAGACUAUACACUCAAAUCUGAUAUAUCAGAGAACUAUUCUGUUCCUAUAAAAAGAAAAAGACAAAGUGAUGUUUUACCCAUGUGCAGAAACUUUCGUGUUCGUCGGUUGCGAUUAUAA